GGGAACAGGAAAUGAGAACGAAGCAGAUACAUGUAAGCAGCGGUGUAAGAGACAGCCUGUAGGCUCUGUAACGCUGGAUUUAUUUGGCAGAAAACAGCUUCAUGGUUGCAUGAGAGACUUCCCGUGUCAGAAGAAAUUUUUGAAAAAGAAGUCAGGCAAGUGGUGAGCACCAUCCAGUGUGUACAAAAGUCAGAUGCUUUGGAGAGCCGCUACAAAUAGAGGGUGAAGCAACAUGCUGUAAAUACUCCGAGUGAUUCAUGGAUAACACAGGGCCUGAUAUGGAAAACUGAGAUUGCUGGAUGACGUUGGAUCGACGUUCAGACCAGCUCCAAGAUUGUGACACUGUAUCCAUGACUGCCCAGCAACACAGAGGCCACAGAGGUGGACUGCAGCAUGGAGCUUGUGUCAGUGCAGUAUAAAUAUGAGUACAAAGCCAGGGAUGGUCAUCUUGUGUCCAUCAAGCCUAAUGAAAGUUACAUCCUCAUCUCAAAGACUAAUGACCACUGGUGGCACGUCUGCAAAGACCAGCACAGCAAGCCCUUUUACAUCCCAGCACAGUAUGUCCGGGAGAUCCCCUCGCUUAAUAAAGACCUCUUGGAUCCAGGGCCUAACAGCUGUCAUCCUGCUGAGUUUGUGACUAACAGUGAGCCAGUGGAUAUGCCAGCAGCAAAGCCAGACGGAGAGAUGUCGACAGUUCGUGUACCGGCCGAGGAGCCUCCCAAAGACACUUUCCGGUUCUCAACGUUUGGUCUCUGUGACAACCUCCCGAACGUCGCAGCCUGCGAGCACACAGAGACGCUGACAGGAGGACACGCCUCUUCCAGAUCUGGAGAUGUCCUUCAUCAUGUACGGACACACAGUUCAGCAGCAGGCCCUUCAUUUACCUCAACACCUCUGAAUACUGAUGGCCAGAGCCUCUACACACAACCUGUGCCCAAGGCCAGGCGUGGUCAUCCCCAGCGGCUGUCGGCAGGCUCACUACAGGAUGAACAAGUAGAACUGCCAAACACCUCGAGAUGCCAAAUAAAAACAAAAGGAGAUAUAUCUAUAAACUUCCCUGUGACUGAUAACUCGAUUAUCUAUGAGACCAUACCGGAUCUAACAGAGCCAGCAUCUGAAGUCCCAUAUUCUGAGUUGUCAGGUGCUAAAGCUUCAGACAGCACAUUAUCACUUCAGCAGAGUGAGAGUCAAACUGCAGAACCAGCUCAUUCUGCAGGUGCCAAGGAGCAGGUGGAGAAUGAAAGCCUCAAAUCUGCUGUGUACGUCAAUGUAGCAGAGCUUCGUCAAAGCAUCUCCGAGUCUCCCCCCUCAGCCGCCUCGUCCUGCUCUCCUUCAUAUCUGAACCCAGAGGGAUGGGAGGUGCAUGUUGAUCAGGGAAGUGGGCAGGAGUAUUACUACCACCCUGCCACGGGGCGCACCACCUGGGACAACCCCUUCCUCGACUCCCCUAUGGACCCUGAGGCACUUCCUGCAGAAGAGCCUUGUUCCCCCUCACCUUCACAGUCCCCUGCCCUGUCUCCAUCCACUGCCUCCCCCUCUGCGUGGACCUCUGACUGGGAGCAAUUGGUGGAUGAGGUCAGCGGUCGCCUCUACUUCUAUAACCCAAUGUCUGGGGAGACGUCUUGGCAGCCCCCAGAGCCGCUGAGCCCCUACCCCCCUCUGAUGGAGCCUUUGGGUGCGCACAGGCUCCAGGAGGAUGGGCCGCCUCCUCUGCCUGAAGAGGACUACCCGUCAGAGGACUAUCCGGUCAUUGACCCACCUGAUUUCCAGGAGGAGCCCGCCAUUGCAGCCCCUCCGACUCUCCCAAAGGAGUACACCUUCAGCCACGUCAACCGGGCCAUCAUCCCCAGGGCUAACCUGGACCGCAGUAGCCCGUCUGGCUGGAACCUCACUGUGGACCCCGAUGGUACCUGGAUCUUCACUAGCGAACACUCCCAAGAGCAGUGGAUCAAAUCGCUGGAUGAUCGAGGGCAGACCUACUACUACCUGAGAGACGGCUCCAAGUCCCAGUGGAACCUGCCUGAGGUUCCUGUCGGUCCAGGCCAGCUCAAGGUUGGGAACGGUGUUGAGGCGGACGGUGUGUCAGUCUUCAAGAACUGGAGACACACCAUGGGACCGGCACAGCUCAGCACAGUCCAGGAAGAUGGGAGGUUCGUUCCAACUCACAGAAGGAAUGCAUCAGACUAUGGCAGCGACAGCUCCAGUGCAGGAAACUCCCCGGAGACGCAGCAUCACGUGCAGAACUUAGAGAAAGCUGGAAUUCUCAACAAAACAAAAGUGUCUGAGAACGGCAAGAAAGUGAGGAAAAACUGGGUCCAGUCGUGGACGGUUCUCCACGGAGGAGUGCUGACGUUCCACAAAGACCCGAAGUCGACAGCGACGGGAGCCUCGAACAAGACCAAUCAGAUCGUCCCGGAGGUCACCGUGGACCUGCGGGGGGCAGUGGUUACCUGGGCGUCCAGAGACAAAUCCAGCAAAAAGAACGUUUUAGAGUUAAAAAGCAAGAAUGGUGUUGAGUUUCUGAUACAGUACGACACAGACAGUAUCAUCAAUGACUGGCACAAAGUGUUAGUGGACACCAUACGGCAACUUGAGUACCAGGACCAUCACUCAGAGGAGGAUGUGGACUAUAGUGAGAACUCCUCUAUCACAGAGCGAGAGGAGCGGUCUGGGACAAUGAUGGACAAGAGGAGAGCCUCCAGGCCCAGUGUCCACAGCUCCUCCAGCAAUGCAGGAGACACAGACCAGAAGAGGGUUCGAACCAAGCUCAUGAAGUUCCUCCUGAAACGGCCCACGCUGCAGUCGGUCAAGGAGAAAGGCUACAUCCGAGAAAAUGUCUUUGGGUGCCAUCUGGCCACGCUGUGUGCGCAGGAGAAGACCACAGUCCCCAGAUUUGUGGAGAAGUGUAUCAGAGCGGUGGAAAAGAGAGGUUUAGACAUUGAUGGAAUCUACAGAGUCAGUGGGAACCUAGCGGUCAUUCAGAAACUACGCUUCAAGGCCGAUCACGAGGAGCUGGACCUGGAGGACGGCCAGUGGGAGGACAUUCAUGUCAUCACCGGAGCCCUGAAGCUGUUUUUCAGAGAGCUCCCCGAGCCGCUUUUCCCCUACAGCCAUUUUAACGGUUUCAUCAAAGCCAUCAGAACUGUAGAUCACCACACAAAAGUGUCUUUCAUGUGUGAUCUAGUCAAGUCACUCCCUGCACCAAAUCACGAUACCAUGCAGCUCCUGUUUGGGCAUUUACGCAACGUCAUCAGACACGGAGAUGAAAACCGUAUGAGUGUGCAGAACGUGGCGAUCGUGUUCGGCCCGACGCUGCUGCGACCAGAGACGGAGUCGGCCAACAUCACGAUGCACAUGGUGUUUCAGAACCAGAUAGUGGAGCUCAUCCUCAACGAAUAUGAAGUCAUCUUCUUCUCCAGCUAAAGCAGUCAUAAAGUCUCCUGGGCAAAACCUGCGCUAAAAUAUAAAUCCUUGCAUUAUUUGAACUACUUGACGAGUGCUUAGUUACACUUUUCACGCACUUGAACAGCUUCAUAAGUGGAACAUCCUUUGUAAGUUGAAGGGCUCCUCACCAUUUGUGUCAGAAUAUUUGAAGCAUUUUAAGCGCUGUUUUGUCCAGAUUCACACCGCUGGAGGCUCACAACAUUAGAAAUAUUUUCGGCAGUAUUGUUUAAUUGGAAACCAAGCCGCACCGCGUGGACAGAUGUGGUUUGGUUUCCCGUCUCAGAGCUUCUGAUGUAGUUGCUUAAGCAGCGGAAGUUCAUUGUUCGGUUUUCUUAAUCUGAGAAGUCACUUUCUGCAAGGUGCGUUUAUUUUGUUUUUGUUUUUUUUUGUUUGUUUGUUUUUUUUUGGUAUGUUUUGUUUGCAGACAUGACUGUAGGGCAGUAGAACCCAAGGCAGACCUGGAAAAAUGCAUUAAUGCUCUCUUAAAAAAAACCAACAAAAAACAAUCAAUGAAUGCUUCCAUCUUUAUUUUAGAGGAUUUUAAUGACUUUUAAAUGUGUGGGAUUUUAAGUUACAGCAUCAUAUACGGCAAUAACUGAGGUUGUAUGCUAAUAUUAUAUGUCCUUUCAGACUCACUUUUACCUGCAAAGUCUUUUAUUGUAAUAUAGAAAUGUAAUGUAAUGUAAAAGAAAUAUUAAUACCAACAACUUGCUAUGAAGUAGAUACUGACAUAGCGUACUUGUACAACUUCUAGAUUAUUUUCCACUGGAUUUUAAGACGUCAUUUGCUCCCCAGCCAUGCUGUUCUUAAAGAAACUAUGUAUAUUUACACCAUAGAAAGAUAAACUAUAGUGAUACAUUUUUGAGUCAUGAGGUCUCUGGCUUUAGAGAAGAAAUGUGCAUCUUACAAGAGAUUUUUGCCCUGUAAAUAGAAAUAGCAUAUUUAUGCUGGAAAAAAUGCUGAAAAUGAAUGUUUGCCCUUAAUAA